UUGUUUUUACAGAACUAAAAUUAAAAUGAACAGUUAAAAAACAAUUUGGACCUUUACUGUUUGACAUGCUCUGUUGGUUAAUGGCCAAUAUUCUGUUUGUGAUCGUGUGUAACCUCGUGUUCGGAGUCGCUCUUUGUUUGAACGUAUUCAUGCACACAGAUCGUACAUCGUGUUGCGCUUGCGUUGUGUUCCAGAUAAGGAACACAUUCACAUUCCAGCGGAACCUGAACGUCACACAAGGCGGAGACGCAUUCACUUCACCCUCCCCCAAAACCACGAGGCUCCGGUGUUGACAGGCAAAUCACCGCCCCCCAGGCACUCAGCCCUCACUCUUCACCCGGACUCCACUACUCAACCACGGAACACGGACAAAGCCUCCUGCCUUCAGUUCCGCGAUCCGUACAGCUGCUGGCAGAGGAGUAGCUCGUUAUCUCAACCACCGACCCCCUUGGCGGGUUUGCCUCUCAAAUGUUGCCCACAAAGGAUUAAGAGCCGUGCGGGAAUUGUGCCCUGGUGGAGCAAUAAUUGGACAGACCCCGCCUUCUCUUCAUUUGUCAACAAAGGGGUUUGACAGGCUGGGAGAAGCCCUGCCUCCAUGUUUCCAUAAAAGGAUCAUUUGGCCAUACACGGCCAGCAACUAAGCCGUGGCUAACCGUCUUUCCUUGAAUUCGCGUUCAUAUAGUGCGUUGACUUCUCGGGUCGGCGUAUAAGCGGAGUUAUCAUGGCGGAGCGCGGACAGCUGCCCCCGGCCAAGCGGCUCUGUUGUCGACCGGGCUAUAGCGGGACAUGCAGGCAAGGUCAGCGGGCCGCUUGGACUUCGUGCGGCGGCUCAGGGGCCGCUCAGGGGGAGUCGAGCAAAACCCAGAGUCCGGAGUCUCUAUUGGACAUCGCGGCGAGAAAAGUCGCAGAGAAGUGGCCGUUCCAGAGAGUAGAGGAGCGAUUCGAGAGGAUCCCCGAGCCCGUUCAGCGACGGAUAGUAUACUGGUCUUUCCCAAGGAGCGAACGGGAGAUUUGUAUGUAUUCAUCGUUCAACACAGGUGGAGAGGAGAUCGCUUGUAGCGGGGAGAGCGGCGACGACACGCGGCUGCCGUUCCGACGGGGCAUCAGUCUGCUGGAGAGCGGCUGCGUGGAAAACGUACUGCAAGUCGGGUUUCACCUGAGCGGCACAGUCAGGGAGCCCGCCACAGCCUCGGAGCCAGAGCUGGUCUGCAACGUGAGCGUCAGCUUCGACCGGUGUAAGAUCACUGCAGUGACUUGCAUCUGUGGCAACAAGGACAUUUUCUACUGCGCCCACGUCGUGGCACUCUCGCUGUACAGAGUGCGGAAGCCUGAGCAGGUCAAACUGCGCCUGCCCAUCUCAGAGACUCUUUUUCAGAUGAACAGAGAUCAGCUGCAAAAAUUUGUGCAGUACCUGAUCACAGUGCAUCACACUGAGGUGCUGCCGACGGCACAGAAACUGGCUGAUGAAAUUCUGUCACAGAACUCCGAGAUCAACCAGGUUCACGGAGCCCCGGAUCCAACGGCUGGUGCCAGUGUGGAUGAUGACAACUGCUGGCAUCUGGAUGAGGAGCAGGUUCAGGAGCAGGUGAAGCUCUUUCUUUCCCAGGGGGGAUAUCACGGCUCAGGAAAGCAGCUCAACCUUCUGUUCAGCAAGGUGAGAGAGAUGCUGAAGAUGAGGGACUCCAACGGCGCCCGCAUGUUAACGCUGAUCACAGAACAGUUCAUGGGCGAUCCCAGACUGGUGCUGUGGAGGCAACAGGGAACCACCAUGACUGACAAGUACAGACAGCUGUGGGAUGAACUAGGGGCUCUGUGGAUGUGCAUCGUGCUGAACCCCCACUGUAAACCUGAACAGAAAGCUUUAUGGCUCCGGCAGCUUUGCAGGUGGAGCAGUGUGGAUGUGUGUCCCUUGGAGGAUGGUAACCAUGGCAGCGAGCUGACCAACCUGACCAAUGCUCUGCCUCAGGGGCCUCCUGGCAACCCAGACCCACUGACUCAGCCCCACAGGACUGUGUUCACACGAGCAAUCGAAGCCUGUGACCUGCACUGGCAGGACCCUCACCUGCAGCACAUCAUCUCAAAGGACCACUAUGCCAAAUACUGUUACCACAAUAAGAAGGACAACCCUCUGUUUGACACCCGAGGUUGGCCUCUCUGGCACGAGCACGUCCCUACUGCCUGCGCCCGAGUGGAUGCACUGAGAUCACAUGGUUACCCCAAAGAAGCACUGAGACUGGCCAUCGCCAUAGUCAACACACUGAGGAGGCAACAGCAGAAACAGCUGGAGUUCUUCUGCACUCAUAAAAAAGAGCUGCUCCACAAAGGAAUGACAUCAGUGACAAACCUGGAGGGCUGGGUGGGACACCCUCUGGACCCCAUCGGUACCCUGUUUAGCACCCUGAUGGAGACUAGUCAAGAAGAGGUGGAAAAAGCCGCAGUGGUGCACGAACAUUCAGGCUCGUUGGGUCCAGGGAGGGCGACGGUUCAUCCUGUUUUCCCGGUACAUCAUUUCCUGGAGGAAGGCGAGUCGUUUCUAUCGUUGGCAAUAGAGACCACUCUGAUUGGUUUGGGGCAACAGAGGGCGAUGCCUGAUGGUCUAUACGCCCAGGAAAAAGUGUGUCGGAAUGAAGAGCAACUGUUGGCCAAGCUACAGGAAGUGGAGUUAGACGACUCCUUGGUCAAAAUCUUCCAGAAGACUGUGUCCCCCCUCCCUGCAGCUGGUCCUUACAGUGGUCUGGGAGAAUUACUCUACAGAGAGAGUGUGCCCAUGCACACCUUCGCCAAGUAUCUCUUCACCUCACUGCUACCUCACGACGCUGACCUGGCAUACAAAAUUGCACUGAGGGCCAUGAGACUGCCAGUGUUGGAGUCCGCGGCCUUGUCAGGUGACCUGUCCCGGCCUCACCAUAUAGUGUCAGUGGUGCCAAACCGCUACCCUCGCUGGUUCACACUCAGCCACAUAGAGACCCAACAGUGUGAACUGGCCUCCACCAUGCUCACUGCUGCUAAAGGUGAUGCUCGUAAACUACAAACAGUGUUAGAGUCCAUCCAGAAAAACAUCCACUCUUCAUCACACAUCUUCAAACUGGCUCAGGAUGCCUUUAAAAUCGCCACACUCAUGGACAGUCUGCCUGAUAUCACACUGCUCAAAGUCUCCCUGGAGCUGGGCCUUCAGGUGAUGAGAAUGACCUUAUCAACCCUGAACUGGCGGCGGAGGGAAAUGGUGCGAUGGCUCGUCACUUGUGCAACUGAAGUUGGUGUCUUUGCACUGGACAGCAUCAUGCAGAGCUGGUUUACCCUCUUCACCCCCACUGAAGCCACAAGUGUCGUGGCCAGCACGGUCAUGUCCAACAGCACCAUCGUCCGCCUGCAUUUAGACUGCCACCAACAGGAGAACUUGACUAACUCCGCCCGCACUUUGGCCCUACAGUGUGCCAUGAAGGACCCCCAAAACUGUGCCCUCUCAGCCCUAACACUUUGUGAAAAGGACCACAUUGCCUUUGAGACAGCCUACCAGAUUGUUCUGGAUGCAGCUGCUACAGGCAUGAACUACUCACAGCUGUUUACAAUAGCGCGCUUCAUGGACCACCGUGGUUAUCCAAUGAGGGCGUACAAACUGGCAACGUUAGCGAUGACGCACCUGAACCUCAGCUACAACCAAGACACACACCCGGCCAUCAUUGACGUUCUGUGGGCAUGCGAGCUCAGCCAUUCACUGGGAAAAAACGAGCUGGCUGCGGUCAUCCCCCUAGUGGUGAAAAGUGUGAAGUGCGCCACCGUUUUGUCAGACAUUCUACGGCGGUGCACGUUAACACCGGGCAUUGUGACGCUGCACAGUCGGAGGAACUCUGGGAAGCUGAUUUCUCUGGACAAGGCUCCGCUCAGGCAGCUGCUGGACGCCACUAUCGGCGCCUACAUCAACACAACUCAUUCCCGGCUCACGCACAUUAGCCCCCGUCACUACAGCGAGUUCAUUGAAUUUCUCAGUAAAGCCAGAGAGACUUUUCUAAUAGCACAGGAUGGACACAUCCAGUUCAGUCAGUUCAUAGACAACCUGAAACAGAUUUACAAGGGUAAGAAGAAACUGAUGAUGCUGGUUCGUGAACGAUUUGGCUGAGACAGCAUCAAAAGACACUUUUAUACUUGAGACUCGUUUUUUUUUUUAUCCUUAAUAACUUGAAGAAAAAGAAAAUCUACUUAAACAACCUACACACAAAUCUUAUUGCUAUGACUUUGGUCUAAAGAAGUUCAAAGGUUCAAAUAAUCACGUCACAACAUUAACUGGAAAAGUUUAUAUUUCUGUCCCAGUGAGAAAUUAAAUUUUGACAGCACCCACCUCAACCAUACCCAUGAGAGUACAUGGUUUUACUAUAUAUCAUUGGCAACCCAAAGUACUUAGUGGUACAGCAAUUAUUUAUUUUGGGUUUUUGUCAAUAGCCAACACAAAUCAACUACUAUUGGACCACAACUGUAAGGCUUAAACCAUUUAUAAUAAGAAAAUAAUUAUUAAAAAAAAGUUGUUAAAGGUU